UCAUCUAGCAGUUCAGCCUUAUGUUUAAGUGAAAGGGCUAGACAGGUUGCUGUUGCUCAACCAGAAGUUAUUCAACAGUUUAUUUCCCCAAUAACUUAUGAGAUUUCAAAUAAAAUUAUAAAUGAUCGACUAAGUUUAUCCAACUUAUUAAAAAAAGAUAAUCCAAUUACAAAUCCUUUAGUUAUAAUCUCUGGUCCGAAUUUUAUUGGGAACAAGAAUCAAGCAAAAGCUUGCUCAAAUUGGUUGAAUAAAUUUCAAAAGGAGAAAUCUUUUAAUCUGAAUCUAUUUUUAUUAAUGAGAUGCAAUCUAAUGAACUACAAUUAUUCUUAUGAGGAAUACGAUGAUAACGAAAAAAUCAUACCAUAUGGUAACAAGUCCAGUAUUAACGACUCGUGUAUGAGUUAUGAAGUUAACUAUGGAGUACCAUAUUGCAGAAAUCUACUACUAGAAAUAGUCUCAAGAGUACCAAUAGUCGGAGAAUUGGCAGAUACCAUAACUCCACAAUAUACAUCAGAUUUAUAUUCAAUGGCUAUUAUUGGUUCUUCAGUGGUUGAAUCUCAAUUGCACCGAGAGCUGGUGUCUGGAGCAUCAUACGCAGUGGGAUUUCAAACAUCAGAUUAUAAUAAUAAGAAUGUGAAUGAUUUAGAGAAAUUUAAUUGUAAAAUUACUUCAUCAACACAAGCUAUUUUAGCAUCAAAUAAGCCUCAUCAUUUUUUAUCAAUAACCAAAACUGGUCAAGCUGCAAUCGUUUGCACUACAGGAAAUGAUGAAACAUUUGUAAUAUUGCAAUUAAACAACAUAUAUUUGGAAUUAUCGAAUCAAGAUAUCAAAGAUACUAUAGCUAAAAUACUCAGAGAGUUAAAGUUGAAAGAAAGAAAUAAAGUCAAGCCGGUUAUUCUAUUUGACGUUGGUUUAAUUAAUUUAAAUAACAUUUUUAAAUACUAUGAAAUUUUGAAAACAUUUUUAGUUGAUGAGGCUAAAACCUCUGCAUAUGUUUUGGGGGUUCAAAUCAACUCUGGUGAUGAUUAU